AUGGCACCUCUCAAAGCCCCUGGCCCAGAUGGAAUGCCUCCUUUGUUUUACCAACACUACUGGGGUACAAUUGGUAAUGACGUUACUCAAUCUGUGUUACAUUUUCUUAAUUCUGCUUGCCUUCCUGAUAAUCUCAACCACACUUUUAUUACACUCAUCCCAAAAAAAAACUCCCCUGAAUAUGCUUCUGAUUUUAGACCCAUCAGCCUUUGUAAUGUUUUAUACAAAAUAUUUUCAAAGGUAUUGGCAAAUAGAAUAAAGAAAAUUCUCCCAAUGAUCAUCUCUGAGCAUCAAAGUGCUUUUACAAAAAGCAGACUAAUUUCUGAUAAUAUUCUAGUUGCUUUUGAAUCUCUCCAUAGUAUGCAGAAGCAUGUGGGCAAGGAAGACUAUAUGGCUAUCAAAUUAGACAUGAGCAAAGCAUUUGACAAGGUGGAAUGGUCAUACCUCGAAUCAGUCAUGAGAAGGGUGGGAUUUACUGAAAGAUGGAUUAAACUUAUGAUGCUUUGUGUCAAGACGGUCUCUUAUUCCAUCUUGGUGAAUGGAGAGCCAAAAGGGUUGAUAAAACCUACUCGUGGUAUCCGUCAAGGAGAUCCACUGUCACCAUUCCUUUUUUUGCUAUGCACAGAAGGCUUAAACGGCCUCAUCACUAAGGCGGAGGAGAAAGGUGAUAUUAAGGGUUAUGGCCUAUGCAGAAAUAGCCCACGACUAACCCAUCUCUUUUUUGCAGACGAUAGUCUGUUAUUUUGUAGGGCAACAAUCCGGGAAUGCCAACAAGUUCUGGAUAUACUUGAACUUUAUGGAAGAUGUUCGGGUCAACAAAUCAAUAAAGCAAAAACUACCAUCUUUUUCAGCAGGUCCACAUCUGAGGAAGUCAAAAAUCAGAUCAAAUCUUCCUUGGAAGUACCAGAAAUCCUACAAUACGAGAAGUAUUUGGGAUUACCAUCCUUGGUGGGAAAAAACAAAAAGGCUAGCUUCAACUACAUUAAGGAGAGAGUAUGGAAAAAAAUUCAAGGGUGGAAAGAAAAGCUUUUGUCUCAAGCGGGUAGAGAGAUCCUAAUCAAAGCUGUGGUUCAAUCAAUACCAACCUACACAAUGAGUUGCUUCAAGCUUCCUUUAGGACUUUGUGGAGAUAUUGAGAGUCUCAUAAGAAAGUUUUGGUGGGGCCAAAAAGGUGACAGAAGAAAAGUACAUUGGGUCAAGUGGGACACCCUUUGCAAACCAAAAUUGGAAGGGGGUAUGGGUUUCAAAGAUUUGGCAAACUUCAAUGAUGCCCUUUUAGCAAAGCAAGCAUGGCGAUUACUUCACCAAAAAAACUCUCUUCUAUAUAGGGUUUUCAAGGCGAGGUUUUUUCCAAAUUGCUCUAUCCUAGAAGCUUCCUACUCAAGUUCGGGGUCUUACGCUUGGCAUAGCAUACUAAAAGGAAGGGAUUUAUUAUUGAAGGGAGCAAGGUGGAGAGUGGGAUGUGGAGAUGCUAUUAGUGUGUGGAACGAUGCUUGGUUGCCUUCUAAAACCCAUCCGAGAAUUGAAUCACAAGUGGUAAGUGGUUUGGAGGAGUUGAAAGUUUCUGCACUCAUAGAUCCAACCACAAAGAAAUGGGAUCAUAAUAUGUUGAAUGGACUCUUCACCCCAUCGGAAACAGAGCUGAUUUUAAGUAUUCCAUUGUGUCAAAAUACGGUGGAAGAUACUGUUGUGUGGCCGUUCACUCCAUCAGGAACUUACACAGUGAGAUCGGGUACAAGGUUCCUCACAGCUGACCAUGCACCAAUCCCACAAGACGUUCCUGCACAGCCAGAUAAGGAAGUGUGGGGUUCUUUAUCAACCUUUUCGUUCAGGCAGAUGAAGGUGUUUUCUUCCAUUCAAGAAGUGCUUCUGUACACGGACAAAGAAAAGAAAAAUCCAGAACUGUUGGCAUCAGUAAUGUGGACUAUUUGGCAUCGCAGAAACCAGGUCCGCACCUCUCCAAAGGACUUUCCACUAGCACAGGUCGCUCCAACAGCCACUCACGCUUUGGAAGUCUUUCAACAAGCUAACCUCGAUGCAGCCGCACUCUACAGAGACCCUCACCGUUCGCGGGAUUGUUGGUCACCACCGGCAGAAGGAGAGAUCAAAAUUAAUUUUGAUGGAGCCCAAUUCAGAGAUAUGGGCAAAGCGGGAUUGGGUGUUGUUAUCCGAAACAGCAGAGGACAAGCUCUGGCUUCUCUCUCGGAGCAAGCAAACCUUCCAUACUCUCCAGACAUUACAGAAGCUUUGGCUGCUGCCAGAGCUAUUUCUCUUGCACGGGGACUUGGCUUCACUUCAUUCAUUUUAGAGGGAGACUCCGCAAAUAUUAUUAAAACACUUAAGUCUGAAGAAGCAUCUCUAUCCUCCUUUGGACAUAUUCUCAGUUCAGCAAAAUCUAUGAUGGCAGAUGGCAAUAUUAGAUUCUCUCAUGUGGGUCGUAUGGGUAAUAUGGUAGCACAUAAACUAGCUCAACAUGCUAGACAUGUUAGGGGAUUCUCGGUAUGGACGGAAAAUGCCCCUCCACACCUUUCUCAUGUACUUGGUGCCGAUCACGGCUGA